UGGAAAGUUGACACGCAUGCAGGCCUGAAUGCACAAUCUUUAUUUACUCCUCCUGAUCUCAUCUCAAAGGUCAGAUCAGAGGCACAUUUUCUUUUUUUUUGCAUGGGGAUGCUGGUGUGAAUGGGCUGAUCCACUGGUUGCAGGUAUAUUGUGGCUGGAGGAGGGAGAGCAGAGAGCAGAGAAGUUGACAGGACUAUUUUGCUGCGUAAAACCUUUGUUUAAAUUGAUUUACUGUGAAUAAUCAGCAUUAGUGGAAGCAUAUGCAUGUAAAGCCUUGCAGGUUUUUUGUUUUUUUUGGUGAUUUCCUCCAUCAGCAGCAUCGUGCGCCUCGGUGCGCCUCUCUGACCCACUAGUCGUCUCCUCUCUGCCGGAUCAUCAUGUGGAUUAUUGUGUUGUUCAUCGUGGCAGCGUUGGGUCCUGAUGGGAGCUGGGGAUGUCAGCUGCCCAGAGACUGGAGACCUCAGACAGAAGCGUGCCGAGCCGAGCUGGCGCAGAUCAUAGUCUUUGCCAAGGUGUUGGCACUGCACAAGGAGUCUUACAAUGUGUAUAAUAACUACCUGCCCGUCCUGGAGACCGACAACGAGCUGCUUUUCUCCGCCGAGAUCGAGCUGCUGUGCGAUCAGGCGUGGGGCAGCAUGCUGGAGGUUCCUGCAGGCUCCAGGUUCAAUGUCACCGGCCUGGGCUACUUCACCUGCUUCUCCUACAGUGUCACCAAAAACAACAACUACUACUUCUUUCUAAGGAUGGAUGAGGACUACAAUAUUAUCCCUCAUGGAGUGAACUUCCAGGACCCCAUCUUCCCCGACACUCCAGAGAACCACCGUGCAUUUGCCAGCCUUUUCCAGUUUUCCAACUGCACGUCUGGUACUCAGGUCCACAACUACGCCCCGGAGUGGGAGGCUCAGGAGGACAGCCGGUUGUUGUGCUCCGCGGUGCAGAAGGCUCUGUUUGAGGAGGAGGAGAGGGUCUUGACUCUCUCCCAGAAGGUGCGCUCCUUGGAGAAAGCCAACGACCACCUGAGGGAAAAGGUGAAGACCAUGAAACGUCUGCUGCGCCAGGCCCAACGAGAAACGACGAAGGAGCAGCAGACCCUCGGCCUCAAACAGCUCUACGAGUCAAAGACGCCCCAAACUCACCCGGAUCAGGACACGACCCUAAAAAAGGUCCUCUCCAGGACACUAAAAAACUAGAGUACAAGAGGCCUUUUAGACAGCAGCCAUGUUGACAUGAAAUAGCAGGUAAACACAGGUGUUACCAAUGAUGCUAAUUAAGGUCUGGUUCCAUUCUGGACAAACAGAGUCAGUGUGCUGCUGUUGUGUAUGUUGGCUCACUGGAAACGCUCGUCUAGACUAAAUGGAAUCUUAAUUAAAUUCAUUAAUUAAACCUGUGUUUACCUGCUGUUUCAUGUCAAUGUGGCUGCCGUGAAAAAAGUCUAUUGACAGUGGUGAUCAAUUUAGAGUAACACAAUGAACUCCAUGUCUUUAACCUAAUUAAUAUGCUUAUUUCAAAAGGAACAUACCAAAUUUCAACAAACUUCACCUGCACAACACUAGUUUUAAAAUUGACCUGUACUAUCGAGACUGUCACCUACAAAGAGACCAUUCGUUCCCAUUUACAUCCUUAUCCGUAUACUUCUAAGUACCGUGUGUGAGUGUGUGCGUAGUGUGUGUUGGGAGGGCUUUCACUUGACCUAUUUUGACUCCCCAGAUGAACUAAAGUGAGGGAUUAACUGCCUUUGAGAUAAAGGAUUUGAAUGGUUUUCACAGAGAUCUUCAUCUAAAUCUCCUCAACUCUUAUUUCACCCCAUUAGUCCAGUGUGAUUGUUCUCUCUGAAUAACUGUUGCUGUAAAAACCCCUUUGUCUUUUCUUAGUUUAAUUCAGUGGCAGCACAAACAUUUUCCAAACAUCAGACAGAGCUCUCAGCUGGCGGAUGAACUGUUGAACAACAUUUAAAGCUGCAGUCGGUAACUUUGAGCAAAUGAGAUGAAAAGUUAUUUUUAUAAAAUGGUCACUAUAUCAUGACAGAAGUGCACGAGACGG